UCCACGUCAUUAUCUUUAACUAGAUUAACACGGCAGUUCCUUGGUCUUCGUGUCGUUAAACCUGAUGGAAAGAAACUCCGGUAAAGCUCCGGCGGUGGAGUCGCCGAGUGAUAUCUUCCAACGGUUGGUGAGAGAGGAUUCUUCUGGUGGUUGGGAGAAGACCUGGAAAGCAGGAGCAACCCCAUGGGACUUAGGUAAACCAACUCCGAUCGGUAAGCAUCUGGCGGAGACUGGCUCAUUGCCUAAAGGCAGAGCUCUGGUUCCUGGUUGUGGAACCGGUUAUGAUGUGGUGGCAAUGGCAUGUCCUGAUCGUUAUGUAAUUGGAUUGGAUAUAUCUAAAACUGUGAUUGAGCAAUCAUCAAAGAGAUUUGCCUCUCUGCCUAAUGCACAGUACUUCUGUUUCUUGAUUGAAGACUUCUUCAGUUGGGAGCCAGCUGAAAAGUUCGAUCUCAUUUUCGACUAUACUUUCUUUUGUGCAUUUGAAGCUAGCGUGAGACCACUAUGGGCAGAGCGUAUAGAAAAGCUUCUGAAACCAAGUGGAGAGCUAAUAACAUUGAUGUUUCCUUUAGAUGAGCGUCCUGGAGGUCCUCCUUACAAAGUAUCUGUAUCUGAUUACGAGAAGGUUCUGAUUCCGUUGGGGUUUGAGGCUAUCUCCAUUGUGGAUAACGAACUUGCUGUAAGACCACGCAAGGGAGUAGAGAAGAUUGGCAGAUGGAAGAAGAGAUCUCUAACUUUUCGCUCCACCUUGUGAAGUGUGAUGUGAUUUGUAACUUUAAUUAUAAGCUUCAGAUCUGGAUGGUUUGUGAUUUUUUUCACUGGUAGACUAAACGUGUAUUUGUACAGACAAUAUUUGAAUAAAAAUGUAUGUAUUAUUCAAAACAUUUUCCCCCUU